AUGCUUCAUGAGCUCACCCACAUCGAACGAGGCCCCCACGAUGCCAAGUUUUACAAGCUGCUGGACGAACUCAAUGAGGAAUGUGAUGAUCUGAUAGCACGAGGCAUAACAGGAACCCCCUUUGGGGGUUCUGGCCACCGCCUCGGCUCCUCUGGAUAUCCCUCCAUCCGCCCAGUCCGCUUAGGCACUGCUGCUGCUGGCGGUGGUGCUUCCUUGUUUGGGGAUCUUUCCGCUGCCGCCCCUUCUCGUGGUGUAGCUGGUGCUUCGUCUGCCCCGUCUGCUGCUGACGUGGCAAGCAGAAAGGCAGCGGCAGCAGCGGCGGAGCGGAGGCGGCAGCAGCAGCGGAUCAUGAUGCCAGCUGGCGGGCGGCGGUUGGGCGGCGACAGUGAGAUUAUGAAGGUGUUGAGUCCGGUGCAGGCAGCAGCAAUGGCAGCAGAAAGAAGGAUGAGGGAUGAUGUGUGGGCUGGUGGCACAAGGAAGCGGCCAAGUGACUCUUUAGAGCAGAGCAGUAGGAGGAGAAAGGUGACUGCUGGUGGUGCUGCUGUUGGCAGUGCAGCAGGAGGGGAGAAUUCUGGGCACAGCACAAGAGUCAGCAGAGGCGUCAGAGAAGAGGAUGCAGCAGGGGGAGAGCAGCGAGCAGAUAGAGCAGACACAUGGGCAUGUCCUGUCUGCACUCUGAUCAACCGGUGCGACCCUCCUCUCGCCCUGCCUUUGACGGUGCCUCAGUAA